AUGGAUAUGGCAGCCCUUAAAGCCAUUGUCCAUGAGAUCAUGAACCUGAUAGGCAAACCAGGACAUUCUGACUGCCCCCGCGGAGGCAACAUGUUCGUUUAUCCUAUCGAUACCACACAACAACAAGCUCUUUUGCAACUUACCCAAAUAGCAGGCCGAACAAUUAUUGCUUCUCUCCCAAAUUUUCUCAAUGGUAAAAAGGGCAUCAUAAAAAGAGUUCCACUCUCAGAAUCUGAUGAAGAUCUCCUCGACGCACUGAAAGACCAAUGGGUAGUAAAAGCGCAGCGGUUUUUCAGAAACAACACUGGCUCUAAAGAACCGUCUGAGUCCGUCCUCCUUACGUUCGACAAAGCCCUUCCAGUCAGGAUUUCCAUCAUCGGUCUUAGCUUCCCGGUUCUUAUCUACUACCCCUUCCCCUACAAAUACACCAUUUGCUUUCGUCUAGGUCAUACAAGAAACUAUUGCUCUAGUCCCAGUGGCACCUGUAAAAACUGCGGUGUAACUCAUGACCCCACAGACAUCUGUAUCCAAAAGUGUAUUAAUUGCAACAGUUUCUCCCACGCCUCCGAAUCUAAGAACUGUCCAAUUUAUGAAGAACUAACCGGCCUUAUCAAAUUCGCCAUAGACAAAAAUAUAACAGUUAAAGAGGCCCGCACACACAUAAGCGGAUCCUACAGCUCAGUAGUCCGUCGUCCAACAGUGUUGCCGCCUGUGCAAACAAGCUCGCCGAACACGAGCCAAAUUGAAAAAAUGAUAGCAGAAUCCAGCUGCUCCAAGAGGAAUUAA